AUGCGAAUACUUCUUUUACGUAAAGAGGCGACCUCGAACAAGGUAAAUAGCAAAUACCUGGUGCUACCUUCUGGAGAACUGCACAUCAAGGACGUCGGACCUGAAGAUGGCUACAAGUCGUACCAGUGCCGUACGAAGCACCGGCUUACCGGAGAAACCAGACUUAGCGCAACCAAGGGUAGACUAGUCAUCACUGAACCAGUAGGAACGAGAGUGCCAAAGCUUCUGUCAAAUGCCAAGAUGGUGUGGUUUGAAGAUAAGGCUGGAGAAGAUUUGGCACUGUUGUGUCAAGCACAAGGCUAUCCGCCACCAAUAUUCAGAACCGUUGGGUACCAGGAAACCCACCCUUCCAUCCGAUGUGAAGAGUAUAACCAUAGAAAAGCACCUUGGUCAUGGUGUUUCGCUUCCAUGUCAAGCGCAAGGGUUCCCAGCGCCCAUGUUCAGGUAAGGUAUAUUCCAUUUUUAGAACCUGUUGACGUUAAGACAACCUUAUCAAUGCUUUCAAUAGGACAGAGGGUCAAAGCUUUGCACUUUUAUGCCAAGCGCAAGGGUUACCCGUUCCCAGAUUCAGAACCUGUAGGAUCUAAAGCGCCAGCAUUUUCAAGCGACAUUAAACUGCUAGGGUAUCAAAAAGAACAUGGGGCAACCGUGUCCAUGUUGUGCCCUGCCCAAGGCUAUCCAUCUCCAAUGUUCAGAACCCAUAGGUUCAAGAGCGCCUACGUUUUCAUCUACCGCGAAAAGUUCAACGUACGAAGCAAGAGAGGGCCACGGGUUUGUGCUGUUGUGCCCUGCCCAGGCACAACCUAUCCCGAAAUUCAGGUACGUUUCUUCGCCAAUGCUGAGUUACACUGGUCAGUAGCUAUACAAAAAGUAACAUUUACAGAACCUACAAGCAACGUGUCACCAAAAAAGGUGGGUGCUGAAUUUGGCGGCUGGAGGGUUGUCAACGUACCUAAAGGCGCGGUAGCUUGGUUACCAUGUCAGAACCAACCAGUAACGUACCGCCUAAAAAAGAUGGCAAAAAGUUCGAAGGUUGGGAGGUACUCAAUGUACCCGGCAAUGGUACAGCUUGGUUGA